AUGCAUUCUCGCCGCUGGGUAUGGGCUCUCCACUUCGGCCUCGUAGGUAUCACCUUCGCCACUACUCUUGAUGAUAAAGAGGCUCCAGAUGGCGAGACCGUCAAUGGCGGAAUAUUACCCGACUUUCCGAUCUCCCUGCCGCCGAUACAUGUUCCAUCCCCAGGAUUUGGAGGGUUGGACAAUACGCCCGCUCUGGGCUUGCAAAAACGCGAUGCUCCUGAACCGAAAUGUGGUCCAACACACUAUUGUCAGGCCCCAGAUUGUUUAAUUGAUUACGGGAGCGGCUGCGAUGCGCUGAAAACACCCGACGGGGAGAGUACAUUAAGUGCCCCUCGUGACCCUCUUGGGAAAAUUCCGUAUGCGAACCAGCCGAUAUUCAACUGCAAAGUGCCCAAUACAGUUGCGUUGACGUAUGACGAUGGCCCAAAUAUCUAUACCAGUGAUCUACUCGACAUUCUUGAUUCUUUUGGCGCGAAGGCAACUUUUUUUGUGACAGGAAUCAAUUCGAACAAGGGCCCGAUUGAUGAUCACAAUUUGCCAUGGAGAGAGUUAAUAAACCGAAUGCUGAAUAAACAUCAAAUUGCUAGUCACACAUGGGCUCAUCAAAAUCUCGAUAGCCUUUCUCCCGAUCAACUCCGCAGCCAGUUGGUGAAGAACGAAAUGGCUCUCCGAAAUAUCUUUGGUGGCUUUCCAACUUACAUGAGACCCCCAUACUCGAGUUGCUCUGACCAAUCCGGUUGUGUUCGAGAAUUAAAUGACCUAGGAUAUCAUGUCGCCUAUUUCGAUGUGGACACGGAUGAUUACAAUAAUGACUCACCUUACCUUAUUCAAGCCUCCAAGGACAUCUUCGAUUAUGCUCUUGCUUCUGCUAAGCCCUACGGGGGACCUUUACUGGUUAUAGCUCAUGAUGUUCACAAGCAAACUGUCUACAAUCUUACCUCUCAUAUGUUGGAUGGUAUAUAUGCUGCGGGCUAUCGAGCAGUUACGCUGGGAGAAUGUCUCGGAGACGACCCCGAAAACUGGUAUCGUUGGAUCCCUUCGAAAAAUUCCCAAGAUCACUAG